GCGUUCAGCAAGAAGUGCGUGGACCAGCGGAAGGAGUGGCUGACCAAUUGGAUGGAGGAGUGCAAGCGUCGCCGCGAGCUGGGGCUGCCCGAGCUCUACCUCUACGAGAAGGAGACGCGCGCUGUCAAUUACACCGACUUCGUCAACAAGGAGCUGGUGCUCUUCUCCAACCUGGAUAACGAGCGCUCCAUCCCGUCUCUGGUGGACGGCCUGAAGCCGGGCCAGCGUAAGGUGCUCUUCACCUGCCUGAAGCGCAACGACAAGCGUGAGAUCAAGGUGGCGCAGCUGGUGGGCUCGGUGGCCGAGAUGUCGGCCUACCACCACGGCGAGGCGGCGCUCUCCUCCACUAUCGUCAACAUGGCGCAGAACUUCGUGGGCAGCAACAACAUCAACUUGCUGCUGCCCGUCGGCCAGUUUGGCACGCGCCUGCAGGGCGGCAAGGACGCGGCCAGCCCCCGAUACAUCUUCACCAUGCUCAGCCCGGUGACGAAGGCGCUGUUCUCGACGCUGGACACGCCGCUGCUGCGCGCGCAGCUCGACGACAACAUGCGCAUCGAGCCCGAGUGGUACAUCCCGGUGAUCCCGAUGGUGCUGGUCAACGGCGCCGACGGCAUCGGCACCGGCUGGAUGACCAAGAUCCCCAACUACAACCCGCGCGAGAUCGUGUCCAACCUGCGCCGCAUGCUGGAAGGCGACGAGCCGCAGCCCAUGAAACCGUGGUUCAAGAACUUCCGCGGGGAAGUGCUGGAGAUGGGGCCGCAGCACUACCUGAUGAACGGCGAGAUCUCCGUGCUGUCGCCCACCCAGGUGGAGAUCACCGAGCUGCCCGUCAAGACCUGGACGCAGCCGUACAAGGAGUUCCUCAGCGGGCUGCUCAACCCAGAGAAGGGCAACCCCAUUAUCUCGGACUUCAAGGAGUACACCACCGACACAACCGUCAAGUUCAUCGUCUCGAUGCCCGAGGAGAAGCUGAUCGAGGCCGAGGAGAAGGGCCUGCACAGCGUGUUCAAGCUGCAGACGUCCGUCGUCACCACGUCCAUGGUGCUGUUCGACCACAUGGGCGUGCUCAGAAAGUACGAGUCGGUGGACCAGAUCCUGCGCGAGUUCUACACGCUGCGGCUGGAGUACUACGGCAAACGGAAGGCGCACCUGGAGGGCCUGCUGGGCGCCGAGUCGUCCCGGCUGUCUAACCAAGCGAGGUUCAUCCUCGAGAAGUGCGACGGCAAGCUGACGAUCGAGAACAAGAAGAAGAAGGACAUGAUCGCCGAGCUGGCGAAGCGCGGCUAUGACUCGGACCCGGUGAAGGCGUGGAAGUUGGCGCAGCAGCAGCAGCUGGACGAGGAGCCCACGGACUCGCAGGACUCGCAGGACGAGGAAGCGGCUGCGGCCACGGCCGGCGGCCCCGACUACGACUACCUGCUCGGCAUGAACAUGUGGAUGCUGACCAAGGAGAAGAAGGACGAGCUGCUGAAGAAACGCGACGAGAAGCUGCAGGAGCUCAAAACGCUGAAGGCGAAGCAGCCAGCCGACCUGUGGCGCGAGGACCUGGAUCACCUGAUGGCCGAGCUGGACGCCCAGGAGCAGCGCGAGCGAGAUGACGAGGACGCCGGCUCCAAGAAGGCCAAGGCCAAGGGCAAGGUGACGGGCGGCUCCCGCAAGACGACCGUGGUGGAGUACAUGCCGUCGCCAUCGGCGCGGCGCGUGGCGCCCACCAUCACCGCCGACGUCAAGAAGCGGCUGGAGGUGGCGCAGACCAAGAAGGAAGGCGGCGGGCGCGGACGGAAGAGG